UAUUACGCAGAAGUAAACAGUGGUCUUAGUUUGAAGUUGAAGUUAAUAUGGCUGCCGAUAGCAAAGCCCUCGAGUUAUUGUUUCAACGUCCUUUGGAACCUGUCUUUACUUCAAGAGACAAUGGCAAGGCUGCCUUGGAUUUACCCGACAGUUACUACACCGAACGUUAUAGUGGAUCCAAUGUGGAAUUGCAAAGUCGCUUCGGAGACAAUGUCGAAAUUAAGAUUCCAUUGCGCGACAUUCCCCAGAAGCCUGAUCUAGCCUUUGCCAGAACUAUCGGCAGAAGACAACAAUUCUCGUUAUUUCAAGAUCACCAUAAGAAGGUUGCCAGCCAACUUAUAACAAUGUACAUGGAUUGUCCCGAUGUUCAAAGUUUUGCCUCAUUGUGUGCAUACACCAAGGACCGCAUUAAUCCUAUGUUGUUCCAGUACUGCUACUCAGUGGCCAUACAACAUCGUCGUGAUACCCGCAAUGUUCAAGUGCCACCAGUUGCGGAAACAUUCCCCUCCAAUUUUGUAGAACCGUCAUUGCUGCAGGAUGCUCGUGAAGAGGCUUCCCUAAUACCGGAUCAAAACCAACGUACCCCUAUUGAAAUUCCCAGAAAUUAUACUGCCUCGGAUCGUGAAGACGAGCAACGUGUUGCCUAUUUCCGCGAGGACAUCGGUGUGAAUAUGCACCACUGGCACUGGCAUUUGGUUUACCCCACUGAGGGACCUCGUGAGAUUGUUGCCAAAGAUCGUCGCGGUGAAUUGUUCUACUACAUGCAUCACCAGAUCCUGGCUCGCUACAAUGCUGAGCGUUUCUGCAAUAAUUUGAAACGGGUGGAAGUAAUGAACAACUUGCGCGCUCCAAUUCCCGAGGGCUAUUUCCCCAAGCUGUUGAGCAGUGUGAACAAUCGUACAUAUCCUGCGCGUACAUCCAACACUGUCUUGCGCGAUAUGAAUCGUGAGAAUAAUGUCCUCGAAAUAGCUGAUUGUGAAAGAUGGCGUGAUCGCAUUUUGGAAGCCAUUGACAAGGGUUACGUUGAGGACGCUUCGGGUAAACGCAUUGGUUUGGAUGAAGUCAAAGGCAUUGACAUUUUGGGAGAUUUAGUUGAAGCUUCAUCACUUUCGGCUAAUCGCCUUUACUAUGGAAAUCUCCAUAACAUGGUUCACAAUCUCAUAUCUUACGCCCAUGAUCCAGAUUCGCGGCAUCUGGAAGAGUAUGGUGUGAUGGGUGAUGUCACCACCGCCAUGCGUGAUCCCGUGUUCUAUAAAUGGCAUGGUUAUUUGGAUACUAUCUUCAAUAAAUUCAAGGGUCUGUUGCCUCCCUACAAUGCCAAUGAACUGAACAACCAGGGCAUCACCAUUAAUAAUAUUGAGACAAAAAUCAGCUCUAGCAACUCUAACUCUGCUCCCAAUGUUCUUUUGACUUACUGGCAAAAAUCCAAUGUAGACAUUGCUGCUGGUCUUGACUUUGGCCCUAAUGGUAGUGUCUACGCCAGUUUCACUCAUCUGCAGCAUGCGCCAUUUGAGUACGUUUUUCAGGUGACCAAUGCUAAUGGCAGCAAUAAGAAGGGAACAUGCCGCAUAUUCUUGUGCCCCAAGACCAAUGAGACUGGAGCUCCACUAAGCCUGGAAGAACAGCGUGUAUUGGCCAUAGAAAUGGAUAAAUUUACUGUAAAUCUGGUUCCUGGCAAGAAUACUAUUCGUCGUCGUUCGGAUGAAUCCUCUGUAACAAUUCCUUUCGAAAGAUCCUUCCGCAAGGUGGGUCAAAUCCAUCAACCCAAGGAUGCCAGUGCAUUGGCCAAUUUCCAAUUCUGUGGUUGUGGUUGGCCUCAGCAUUUGCUUGUGCCCAAAGGCAAACCCGAAGGUAUGGCCUUUGACUUGUUUGUCAUGAUUUCCGAUUAUGCCAAUGAUUCUGUACAACAAACCAACAACAGCCCCGAUACUUGUGGUGAUUCCUAUUCCUUCUGUGGCUUGAAAGACAAGAAAUAUCCAGAUAGACGUACCAUGGGCUUCCCAUUCGAUAGACGCUUACCAGCAAAUAACCUGGAAGCCUUGGCCUCAUCCUUCUCAAAUCUGAAAAAGACUGAUGUCAAAAUCAUUUUCAAUGAUCGUGUUGUAAUUAAGCAAUAACGUGAUAAAUGUCUUCCCUUGUACUUUUGAUAACAAAUAAAUGAUUCAGCUUUAUUGAGAGCAAAA